AUGUCAACAGAGACUAAAGAAGAAACCCGACCCGAAGACCCGGAAAUCCUUCCUAAUGUGGAUCUAUCCGGAGAAGCUCUCGGAAAGCUCACUGCCUACGAAGACGACGCCGUUUCCGAUGCGUCCGCGACGGAGACAGACCCCUCGUUAUCGGGGAGUCAAUCGGAGCAGCUUCUUGAAGACGGCCAAAACUCACUCGACGAAAAUUCGCCAUUGACGGCGGAGCUUAAACCUCUCCCUCCUCUUCCUACUCCUCCUCCUCCAGGUGAAACACCGGAAACACGAAUCUCUGAAUCGCUCGGUGAAGAUUCUUCCGAUCUGGUUGUAGAGCAACAAUCGCAGCAAGCGCGAACCCCAAAUGCGGCGGAGCCUGGUCCUAGGGCGAGAAAACGGCGCCGGAGAAAACGUUUCUUCACGGAGAUAAACGCGAACCCAGCCUUCUCCAGAAACCGCCGCCUCAGCGUCGGGAAAGAAGUCGAUUCCGAAGCCCUAAUCGCGAUGUCGGUUGGGUUCCCAGUCAAUUCGCUCACGGAGGAAGAAAUCGAAGCCAACGUCGUCUCGAUCAUCGGAGGCAAAGACCAGGCGAACUACAUCGUCGUGAGGAACCACAUCAUCGCUCUCUGGCGAUCCAAUGUCUCCAAUUGGCUAACCAGAGACCACGCGCUCGAAUCCAUCCGCGCCGAGCACAAAACCCUAGUCGAUUCCGCUUACAAUUUCCUCCUCGAGCACGGUUACAUCAACUUCGGGCUCGCUCCGGUCAUCAAAGAAGCGAAAUUGAGGUCCUUCGACGGCGUAGAGCCGCCGAAUGUCGUCGUCGUAGGUGCCGGUUUAGCCGGUUUAGUAGCUGCGAGGCAAUUGCUGUCAAUGGGGUUUAGAGUCUUGGUUCUCGAAGGCAGAGAUCGUCCUGGAGGGAGAGUCAAGACCCGGAAGAUGAAAGGCGGUGAUGGCGUUGAAGCAAUGGCUGAUGUCGGUGGAAGUGUUCUCACUGGAAUCAAUGGCAAUCCGCUCGGAGUUUUAGCGAGACAGCUCGGUUUGCCGCUUCACAAGGUGAGAGACAUUUGUCCAUUGUAUCUCCCAAGUGGAGAGCUUGUUGACAUCGGCGUUGAUUCCAAGAUUGAAGCUUCCUUUAACAAGUUGCUGGAUAGAGUUUGUAAGCUUAGACAGUCGAUGAUAGAGGAGAUUAAGUCAGUAGACGUGCCGUUAGGAGAAGCGCUCGAAACGUUCCGGUUGGUUUACGGCGUCGCCGAGGAGCCUCAGGAGAGGAUGCUGCUGGAUUGGCAUUUGGCGAAUCUUGAAUACGCGAACGCUACGUUGUUGGGGAACUUGUCAAUGGCGUAUUGGGAUCAAGAUGAUCCGUAUGAGAUGGGUGGAGAUCACUGCUUUAUCCCUGGAGGGAACGAGACUUUCGUGCACGCUUUAGCUGAGAAUCUUCCGGUUUUCUAUGGGAAUACGGUGGAGAGCGUUAGGUAUGGAAGCAAUGGGGUUAUGGUUUACGCUGGUGAGAAGGAGUUUUACUGUGAUAUGGUGCUUGUCACGGUUCCGUUGGGGGUUUUGAAGAAAGGUGCGAUUGAGUUUCAUCCGGAGCUUCCGGAGAAGAAGAGGGAAGCGAUAGAGAGACUUGGAUUUGGACUGUUGAACAAAGUGGCGAUGUUGUUUCCGUAUAACUUCUGGGGUGAAGAGAUUGAUACGUUCGGGAGAUUAACGGAAGACUCGAGGACGAGAGGAGAGUUCUUCUUGUUCUACAGCUACUCUUCCGUCUCUGGCGGUCCGUUGCUUGUGGCGCUUGUAGCUGGAGACGCUGCGGAGAGGUUCGAGACGUUGUCGCCUACUGAUUCGGUGAAACGGGUUUUGGAGAUACUACGAGGGAUCUAUCACCCGAAGGGAAUCGUUGUUCCUGAUCCUGUUCAAGCUCUGUGUUCGAGAUGGGGGCAGGAUAAGUUUUCGUAUGGUUCUUACUCGUACGUUGCGGUUGGAUCGUCUGGAGAUGAUUAUGAUAUUUUGGCUGAGAGUGUUGGAGAUGGGAGAGUGUUCUUUGCAGGUGAAGCUACGAAUAAACAGUAUCCAGCUACAAUGCAUGGAGCUUUCUUAAGUGGGAUGAGAGAAGCAGCGAAUAUACUUAGAGUUGCUAGAAGAAGGGCUUCAAACCCUAACCAGAGUUGCAUCAACAAAGAAGAAGAAGAAGAGAAGAGUUGUUUGGAUCAGUUGUUUGAGACGCCGGAUUUGACAUUUGGGAACUUCUCGGUGUUGUUUACUCCGUACUCUGAUGAGCUUGAAUCCAUGUCACUGUUGAGAGUUAGCAUCCAAAUUGAGAAAGCUGAGUCGCGUGAUUGGCUUUACGGUUUAGUGACGAGGAAGCAGGCUUUGGAGCUUGGUGAAAUGGAGGGAGAUGAGUUGAGAAACGAAUACUUGCGGGAGAAGUUAGGGCUUUUGCUUGUGGAAAGGAAGAGUCUUUCGCAAGAAGGUGAAUCUAUGAUCUCUUCACUCAAAGCUGCGAGAUUAAAUCGGCAAAUCUUUGAUUAG